GUCUAGUGGUAUUCCUCUUCGCUUGUAAAUGAAAGAUCUUAUAUUCGAUUAUCACCAAAUGUGAGUUUAAACAAUAUUAUUGCUAGCCCAUUGUGAGGCUAAGUUCACCCCCUCCCUUUCCCUUAGUGUAGAUAAUAUCAUUUGUUAAAAAAAAAACAUAAUAUGAUAUCUUACCGUUGACUAUUAGUAUAUCUAUACAUAUGUAGCGGCACCAAUGCUAUAGAUCACCAAUUCAAGCUGAACCAUUUUCUGAAGGCUUCCCCAUUUCAAUUAUUUAGAAGCAUGGCAGCUGCGUCUAGUACAAUUGUUCCUCAAAUCCUCGACGGAGAAGACGAUUAUAAGGAUUGGAGUGUCCGCGUCAAAACCUAUCUGCUCUCUAAAGAUCUUUGGGACGUUGUUGAAACAAGCGGUAGACCCAAGUUUAAGGCAUGGAGGAAGAAUAAUGCCAAAGCUUUGCUUGCAAUCCAACUUUCUUGCGGGCCGCGUACUUUUCCUAUGAUCCGUGACAAAACCACCGCCAAAGCUGCUUGGGAUACUUUGGAAGCAAAGUUCAACCGAGAAGAAAACUCAGAUGAUAUCCGGCGGCAGCAAUAUCAAACUUUCUUCGCUGCUGUAAGGAGGGGUGAUUUGCGGACAACGAAGGAGUUUUUUCGCCAACACACCGAUGCAACAACACAUAUGGAUUCAUUGGGGACAGCUCUUCACAACGCAGUAAUAUUCGGACACGAGAAAAUUGUGGAAGAGCUGGUAAAGUUGAUGACGGACGAAGAAUUGGCAAUAAAAGAUAGUGAUGGUUGGACGGCUCUUGCUUAUGCUGCUAGAGACAACCUCAAGAUGGUUGAAUGCAUGGUUACGAAGAACACGAAACUAGUUGGUAUUGCCGAAGAGGGCCGCCAAAUGCUUCCGAUUCUCAUCGCUGCUAUGUAUGACCGAUGGGAUAUAGUCCGGUACCUCUACUCUCACACAGAAGAUCUAAUGGCUGAUAAAGGCACUGACGGCUCUCAACUUCUUGUCUUUUGUCUUUUUGCCAGACAAUUAGAUAUUGCAUGGGAGUUACUUAUGCAUAGCCCAGGCAUGGCAUGUACUCGAGGCCACGGAAUACACUCCCCCUUAUCUGCAAUUUCUAGUGUGCCAUCUGCAUUCCUUAGUGGGAUGUCGCUCAAUUUUUGGCAACGGUGGAUCUAUAAAUGUAUACACAUAAACUAUGCUUGUUCCCUCUCCCUCGAUGAUUCCUUCGAUGAUUUUGCGAUAGCUUUUCAAAAUCAAGAAAAUGAACAAGGCAAUCAAAGGAAUAGCACAGUCUUCGAUUUAUUACAAGGACUUCCAUCGAAGUUUUCAGAGUUUUUGGGAAUCAGCCGCAUUCGUGAACUGAAAUUGACCCAUGUUCGAUUAACUUCAAUUUUGACCUUCAUGUGUGACGGGAUAGCACAAUUAAAUCAUAAAGAAAUGAGGAAUGGCCUUGUGUACGAAGCAGUAUACAGUGCAGUUCAAAAUGGGACUGUUGAGAUCGUUAGAUCUCUAUGUGAAGCCAGACCAGAAUUAUUGUUCAGAGGCUUAAAGGAUGGAAAGAACAUAUUUCAUUAUGCUGUUGAAUGCCGUCAAGAAAAUGUUUAUAGCCUUAUAUACGGGGUUCGUCAAAGAAAUCUCAUUACGACUUUGAGAGAUCAUUCCGACAACAGCAUACUACAUUAUGCCGGGAUGUUAUCUCCAUUGGCAAAGGAAAAGCUUGAUGGUAUUGCCGGUGCAGCCUUGCAAAUGCAGAGAGAAAGGCAAUGGUACAAGGAGGUAGAGAGUAUUGCGGUUCCACUCUCGGGAGCCUCAACUUUAAACAAAGAUGGUUUGACACCCGCUCAAUUAUUUACCGAGGAACACAAGGAACUGCUCGAGGGUGGAGAAAAGUGGAUGAAAAGUGCAGCAAAAUCUUAUACAGUUGUCAAUGCCCUCAUUAUUACAAUCAUGUUUGCUGCAGCAUUCACAGUUCCUGGUGGAACCAACGAAGAUACAGGGUUUCCCAUAUUCUUAAACGGAAAGGUAUUUAUGGUUUUUAUAGGUUCGGAUGCUAUUUCGCUCUUUUCUUCCGCAACUUCAGCGUUAAUAUUUUUGGGCAUCCUUACAUCGCGUUAUGCUGAAGAUGAUUUCCUCAAAUCCCUACCUACAAAGAUGAUACUAGGCCUUUCCUCACUUUUGCUCUCCAUCGCCACCAUGAUGGUUGCCUUUUCUUCUGCCCUAUUCAUCAUGUUUCAGGACAAAUCAUUGUUUACUUAUCCGUUCAUUUUCCUUGGUACUAUACCCGUCACUUUAUUUAUUUGGAUGCAAUUUCCUCUGCUAGUUAAGAUUUUCAAAUCUACUUAUUGUGAACGAGUAUUCCAUAAGAAAAUCAAACAGUGGAUAUAAAUUCUUGAUGGGGUAUGCGAUACAUUAAUUGUGUAAUUGUAGUAAUGUAAUGUUAUCACUUCUAAGAAAGCUUGUAUGCAUUGUACACACUACUAAGUGUUUGGUUCCUCUAAUAAAAACCACAAUGUUCAA